AUGAACAGCACCAAGCCAACAUAUGUCUUCAUCCCAAUCACUUUUACCACAAAAUUCGUCCUGUUUGGGGUUUUCUUAUCGUACUUUAUCUUUGGGACCAUCGGUAAUGCCCUGUUGUACGCGGUAAUACGCAAGCUACGCAUGCGCGAAAGACGUCGUCCACGACGUGCUCUGUACCGGAGCCUGACCAUGACAUUCCUGUCGAGCAUGGCGAUCUGUAACCUGCUCAACUCACUCCUCAGCGCAGGCGUCGUCAACUGUCUUCAAAUGAUGGUUCAUCUAUACACUAGCGAUUGGUCGUGCAGAGUUCUUCGAUACAUUACUUACUACUUUGGAACUGUGCUGAUAUACAAUGUACUUGUCCUAUCAGUGGAGAGGUAUUUCUCUAUAUUUUACCCACUGAAGCUCUACUCUGCCUCCCUUGCAAGAAAGCUUCUGGUUGGUAUCUGGCUCGGCGGACUCAUAUUCUCCCUUCUUUUGACCGUACCGGUUAAGCUAGUCCGCGAGGCCCUUGGUCCACAUCACUUCACCAUCACCUGCCGUUCUUACCCGGAGACUCCAUUAGAACAAGUAGCGGUUUUCAGCAGUUUCAUUUGUAUCUACGUCAUUCCUGCUGUUGUGUUGAUCUACAUCUCGGUGGCGAUGACGAGGUUUUUCGUGCGUCAACGUAAAGUCCACGCAGGUCAACCACCACAGCAAGCCACGGACAGACAAGCGAAUGCAUGGAGACUCAAAGACAUCAAAAUGUUCUUUGCCAUCAUCGUUAUUUUUGUCAUCCCGUACACUUUGCUUACGAUGUAUCUUAUUACUAUGGCAAUCGGCGGGUUCUCGUUCAGUGUCCCCGUCUCUUUCAUCAUCCGCAGGGUGACUGGUGUCCUUGCACUCUAUAACUGCAUAAAUGUACCGGUGGUCUGCAUAAUGAACAAUCGCGAUUUUCGCAGGACGCUAAAAGAACUUGAAAAAGAAUUUGGAGAAGUGAUAGAUAAAAUCAGCAGCCCAUGGCACGGCAUAUCCUAGAGCCCGUGGCACAGCAUAUUCUAGAGCCCAAGGCACAGCAUAUUCUAGAGCCCGUGACGCGGCAAAUCCCACACACCAACACUUUUGAAACGACUUUUUAAGCAAUCAUUUAUGCAAAAAGGAACAAAUCUUGUUUUAAGUGUAACUUAUGCUUGAAUUCUGUGUCUCGGCCAAUCAAAUUUCUAGUAUUACAAAGAAAUUUUUUACAUGCCAGUGCGCAUUUUGCAAUCCAUGCAUUUUUCGCGGUUCCCUCUUUAGCUGGACCGUUACUUGACCAUGAUCACAGCCUGGCCUCACAACUCUAUAAAGUAUAGGACUAUACCACAAUACUUGUUCUCUUUGUAAAACAAUAUUCUUUUUCAAUUCAAGUCAAUAUCUUGGCAUGCCUUUUAAUAGGUAUCUAGCUAUUUUGAAGGCCAAUGCAUCAUGUAAUAAUGUAAAUCCAAAAAAUACACAAAAUGGAAAUAAAAACCGAAAACUAAAUUGCAUCUUAAUUGAUGCGCGCUUAAAUAAAGAAGUUUUACCGCACGCUGAAAUCUUGCGUAUGCGCCGUUUUAAUCUCUCCACCAUCGUUAAUCGUAAAACCCCUAUUAUCCAAAAACAAACUGCAAUGUGAGAAAAUGACACGUAUUGUGUAUCGUAAUCCGUAAUUGUGAGAAACCAACCUGAAUGACACGCUCAGAAUUGUGAGGGAGGGACCAUUUGAAACGUGCACCGACAACUGGGAUGCGAGAAUUCAAUCGCUAAUGUGGCGAAAUGGCAAACAAAAGGGGGUCAUUAGCGCGUGCUCAGGCUUUUAGCGACAAUAUAACAGCAACAAAAAAUAUUCAGCGCAUACGAAUAAAGCCGGAUUUGUUUUUCAUAAAGGGUUUAGCUUCACUUAGAGUUUAUUUUUUCGUAGUUCUCUGGUGUAACGGGCGCAGUCAUUUCUUCUUUAUUUUGGUUUGAAUUAGCGACAGAAAGGGUUUAGCUUCGCUUACAAAGUUUAUAUUUUCGUAGUUCCUUAGCGCAAGUCUCCUAUUGGCAAUGCGCGCAAAUAAUAAUCAAACGUGCGUCAUCAAUUGGGAUUGUACAAAAAUAAUUGGAAAUGCGCGCAAAUGAUAAUCAAACGUGCGUCAUCAAUUGGGAUUGUGCAAAAAUAAUUGGCAAUGCGCGCAAAUGAUAAUCAAACGUGCGUCAUCAAUUGGCAUUGUGCAAAAAUAAUUAGAAAUGGGCGCAAAUGAUAAUCAAAUGUGAGUCAUCAAUUGGGAUUGUGCAAAAACAAUUGGCAAAUAAUAAUCAAACGUGAGUCAUCAAUUGGCAUUAUACAAAACAAAAAUGGCAAUGCGCGCAUCGCACAUAUAGCCCAUUUAACGGAAAAAGUACGCGGUGCCGCGAAAUUCGAUCAAAUAACAACAUGUCUGAAAACAUAGAUGUCAUCGCUGGGACGUGGGAAAACUGAAUCCAUGUUUUCAGACAUGUUAUUAUUUUCGAGCGCGAAUGAACUUCCUGAAUGGAACCGUGUUGUGUCUGAUCGAAUUUCGCGCCCAUAAGCGCGCACUUUCAUCCAACGAUAAUCAAACAUGCGUCAUCAACUGUGGUUUUGAGCAAUGCGCGCAAAUGAAAAUCAAAUCUUCAUAUUCAAUUGGGUUUUGGCACCAAUGACACCAGUGGCCCAAUGACACUCACGACACCAGUGGCCCCGUGGGACCAAUGACACUCAUUAUACCAGUGGCCCCGUGGCACCAAUGACACCAGUGGCCCCGUGGGACCAAUGGCCACAUGGGACCAAUGACACUCACGGCACCAGUGGCGACCACAUCGCCACUGGUGUCAUUGGGUUUUUUCAAAACAAUAAAUGAUACUCAAACCUGCGUCAUCAAUCCUAUUUCCAGUAGGUAGUUGCCAAAUAUUUCAAUUCUGUAGGAAUGACACUCAUGACACCAGUGGCCCCAUGGCACCAAUGACUCACGACACCAGUGGCCCCAUGACACUCAUGACACCAGUGGCCCCAUGGCAUCAAUGACACUCAAGACACCAGUGGCCCCAUGGCACUCAUGACACCAGUGGUCCCAUGGCACCAAUGACACUCAUGACACCAGUGGCCCAAUGGCACCAAUGACACUCACGACACCAGUGGUCCUAUGGCACCAAUGACACUUAAGACACCAGUGGCCCCAUGGCACCAUUGACACCAGUGGCCCCAUGGCACCAACGAAACUUGCACUAAUGAUAGCCAGGUGGUGUCAUAAUCGUGACGUAUCUGGUGCAGCGUAUAUGGGUCACAAGCCAAUGCUCGGCCCAAAUCAGCAGUCGUGUUGGUGAGAUAAAACGAUCGUGUGGCCAAAUAGUCUUCAAUUUCAUCUGGGAUUUUGGCAUCCAAAUUGUCCAUGGUGACAUGCAUCACACUUAAAGGGGUAAAAAAUAAAACACUGUGAUAGUA